GGGCAGGGCGGGAAGGGGCGGGGGCGCGCGCCUGGAGGAGGGCAAACGCGACCCAGGCCCCGCGCGAGGGUCGCCCCUGGGAAGCGCGGGACUUUGGGAGGGGCCGCUUUCUGCCCCCGCCCCCCCGCUUCACCCCAAAGACUCUAGCCCUCUCCAGACCCAAAUACCACUCUCCUCGACUAUCACUGUCACUCUUUGAGAGAAAAAGCCACCACCAAGGGUGGUUUCAGCAAUGGCCCCAUCCUGAUUCCUGCCCCAAGUCGGUUGUCAUGGUAACUCUUCCCAGUCUGCAACACCCUUAGCCUCCCGUCCCCUCUACCUUUGUGGUUAUGGAGCUCCAAACCUCUCCUGGCCCUGCACCAGGAAGAGGUUGCUAAGGUAACCCAAGUCCCUGGUGGUCCUUAUGCCCCUACGCAUAUUGGUUACUAUGGUAACCUCACCUAGCACUCAGGUAGAAAGGACCCCAGCCCCAAGGACACUGCUGAGGGAAACAUCUCUUUCCCAGCCCCGCCCCGCAGCCCCCCCAGUUGGCAUUACCAUGGUAACCAUCUCUCCCUUUCCCAUCGGGGGAGGUCUGUGGACCAAACCAACCAGGUGUUUUUAUUUAGAGGAGGAGAUGCUCUGCUGAGGAGUAGUUGCUAUGGUUACAAGACCUGGACCAUCCCCAGGGAGCAGUACAGCUGAGCUGGGCUGGAACAACCCCCCUGGAGUUCCCUCAGCCUGCAACCUAGGAGUGCCUCAGACAGUGCCUGGUAUGUUGUAGGAGUUCCACAGCAUGGAAGGAUGGAAGGACGGAGGGAUUGAUCGAAGGUCCAGAAGCCAAUUCCAAGGAUACCCCGGAAGCCCAGCUAAGGGCCUGGCUUCAGCCCCAUGCGGCUCACCCGCUGCCAGGCUGCUCUGGCAGCCGCCAUCACCCUCAACCUCCUGGUCCUGUUCUAUGUCUCCUGGCUGCAGCACCAGCCCAGGAACUCCCGGGCCAGGGGUUCCCGCCGUGGAUCUGCCUCCGGCCCCCGCGUCACCAUCUUGGUGCGGGAGUUCGAGGCCUUUGACAACGCCGUGCCAGAGGUGGUGGACUCCUUCCUGCAGCAGGAUCCAGCCCAGCCUGUGGUGGUGGCCGCCGACACACUCCCCUACCCGCCCCUGGCCCUGCCCCGCAUCCCCAACGUUCGCCUGGCGCUGCUCCAGCCCGCCCUCGACCGGCCCGCCGCAGCCUCACGCCCCGAGACCUACGUGGCCACCGAAUACGUAGCCCUGGUGCCGGACGGGGCGAGGGCCGAGGCACCGGGCCAGCUGGAGCGCAUGGUGGAGGUGCUCCGAGCAGGAGGCACACGCCUGGUGGCCGCUCCCGUCGUUUCGGCCAACCCUGCCCGGUGCCUGGCCCUGAACGUCAGCCUGCGGGAGUGGACGGCCCGCUACGGCCCGGCACCUUCUGCACCCCGCUGCGACGCCCUGGACGGGGACGCCGUGGUUCUCCUGCGCGCCCGCGACCUCUUCAACCUCUCGGCCCCUCUUGCCCGGCCUGUGGGCACCAGCCUCUUCCUGCAGACCGCCCUCCGCGGCUGGACGGUGCAGCUGCUGGACCUGCCCUUCGCUGCGGCGCGCCAGGCCCCGCUGGCCACGGCCCACGCGCGCUGGAAGGCGGAGCGCGAGGGGCGCGCGAGGCGGGCGGCGCUGCUGCAGGCGCUGGGCAUCCGUUUAGUGAGCUGGGAGGGCGGGCGGCUCGAGUGGUUCGGCUGCAACAAGGAGACCCCGCGCUGCUUCGGGACGGUGGUGGGCGACACGCCUGCCUACCUGUACGAGGAGCGCUGGACACCCCCGUGCUGCCUGCGCGCGCUGCGCGAGACAGCCCGCUACGUGGUGGGCGUGCUGGAGGCGGCCGGCGUGCGCUACUGGCUGGAGGGCGGCUCGCUGCUGGGGGCGGCCCGCCACGGGGACAUCAUCCCGUGGGACUACGACGUGGACCUGGGCAUCUACCUGGAGGACGUGGGCAACUGUGAGCAGCUGCGGGGCGCCGAGGCGGGCUCGGUGGUGGACGAGCGCGGCUUCGUGUGGGAGAAGGCCGUGGAAGGCGACUUCUUCCGCGUGCAGUACAGCGAGAGCAACCACCUGCACGUGGACCUGUGGCCUUUCUACCCUCGAAACGGGGUCAUGACCAAGGACACGUGGCUGGACCACCGGCAGGAUGUCGAGUUCCCCGAACGCUUCCUGCAGCCUCUCGUGCCCCUGCCCUUUGCCGGCUUCAUGGCGCAGGCGCCUAACAACUACCGCCGCUUCCUGGAGCUCAAGUUCGGCCCCGGCGUCAUCGAGAACCCCGAAUACCCUAACCCGGCACUCCUAAGUUUGGCAGGAAGCAGCUGAAGUUCCAGCGCCUGCUCCUGAGGUCGGGAGAACAUUCGGGCACAAGGCACUGUCCUUUGUCUUGGUGCCACUGGUGUUUGGUGGGCGGGUGAGGGAUGCCAAGCCGCCCUGCAAGGCCCAGCACAGCCCCUGACAUCAAAGAUGUGCCCUGCCCAAGAUUUCCAGAACCGGGGCUCCAGGGCUGGGACAGAGUUUUGGAAAGAGAAGGAGAAAGAGGGUAGGUUCUGGGGCCAAUCUGUCGUGUCCCAAUUUCCCUUUGCCUCGGUUUCCUCCAGGAUUCAGUGCGUGCCCUCAGGGUCUAGCGCUCAGAGCCCCGGGACACUCGGCUGUUGGGGUUGCUUCUGCCACUAGAGGGCGCCUUUGUCCUACCUGGGGACCAAGGCGAAUGUAAGCCCAGGACCUCUGUCCCACGUCUUUCACGUCUCUUGAGCCUUUGGUCUUCCCUCUAGUCUCCUGUGCCUGGCGAGACAGGAUGACUAAAUACCCUUCUUUCAGAAAACCAUCUCCUUCCCUCCUGGGAGAGCCCUGUGAGGUGCCUGCUGCUCUUAAACCCAUCUUGCAGAGACGGAAACAGGCUCAGAGCUCUGAGCUGCAACUGUGGUUAAGGAGCCGGUUUGGGGGGUCUUCCCUGGCACUCUGGUGGUUAAGUUCUGCGCUUGCACUGCAGGGGCCGCGGUGUUGGAUCCCUGGUCAGGGAACUAAGAUCCUGCAUGCCGUGGGGUGUGGCCAAAGAAAAGGGGGAGGGGGGCAGGUUCUGGAUCCCAGCCCCACUCCAUUUAAAUGUGUUACCUCAUUAUUUUAGCUCUCUACACUUGUUAGCUGCCUGCUUGCAAGGCAGGGUAAACAAUAAUCAUAGCUCACAUUUACGGAGCACUUACUGUGUAUCAGGCAUCGUUCUCAGUAUUUCACACGGAGUAACUGACUUAUGCCUCGCCUCGACCCUCCGAGGUGAGAGCUAUUAUUUUGAUUUUAGAGAUAAGGCCAGAAUGGUAAAGUCACUUGUCCAAGGUCAGACAGCUUGGGGAAGUGGCAGAGCGGGGACUUGAACCCAGACUGUCAGUCUGGAGCCUGCACUGCCGUUGCCGGGUGAUGCCCCUCUGUGGUGAUGGUACCUGAAGGGGGCUUUGGGAAGCCACACGGCUUAGCAGGUAAGGCAAUGGCAGGCUUCCUCUUGUGAUUCUACACCUAAGAGGAAAUACUGUUUGAGCUUGUGCCUCCCAUAUGUGUAUUUAUUUAUAAAUUAUAUCAGGUACUACUAGCAUUCUGUAAGUUAGUAAUAAGGCUUAAAUUAUUCCAUUUUAAAAUUAAAAAUAAAUAGAGAGGGUUUUGUUUACCAGCCUCAUCCUAAUGACUUGUCCCUCACACUCCUUGGGCAUAUGCACCUGGCUUUGGGACCACAGGCUCUGAAGUGGGAAAGGCUUGGGUUCAAAUCCAAGCACUGCCGCUUCCUCCCACUGUGAAGUUGGGCUGCCAGUGACUUUGCCUGUCUCUCGGCUUUGAACCUGGGAAACAGGGGUCAUGGUGGUCCUCGCCCCACAGGACUAAAGGGGUUGUGAGUCAGGGCUGGGUGAGGCUCCUGGCUUGGCUACUUACUUUUUUUGUGACCUUAGGCAAGUUGCUGCUUCUCUGAAAGGGUAGGGGGAUUGGUGAUAUUGCAGAAGCCUGAAGCCCUCAGAGGAGGAGGCUUCACAGACCAGCAAGAGAAGAUAAAUGCCAAUUUGGCCCAAUCUCCUGAGACUCAGACAUCCGCGCCUGUUUUUAACCAGUGAAACUGCCAGUGGCUCGCAGUCUGUUGCGUUCCCAGGAAGAAUUCUGGAAACACAUGGGGAUGAUUUGGGUUAUCACUGCAAUCAGACGGUGCUCUUGACUCUCUGAAGGCAUGGCCCAGGGAUGGAGGUGUCUUAUAAUAUAUGCAGGGCACCUCCACACAUUGAAGUAGGGUCCUUUGUCACAUACUAUUUUACAAUGUCCCACUGGGCAUUCGUGAAGGACAGGUGUUCAAAAUAUUUUGCACCUGGUAUGGUAAUAUAAAUAUAUAAAUCAAUAUCUGCAUCACAUUUUAAAAUAUUUUUUUAAUUCUCAAAAUAAUCAAAAUUAGCUAUCUAUAUAUACAUAUUUCUUUCAGUUGUUGCCAAAAAUGUAAGUUGAAGCUCAAAUCACUCAAAGUAUUGUAAUGGUUUUGUUUCAUUUAGAAAUUGUUGGUGUGAUUUCUUGAUUGACAGCUGUAUAUACGUACAUACAUAAAAUAACAUAUUGUAUAUGUACAUAUGUAUAUUUAAAAUAACCUUGUCUUAGCUGUGGUUUGAUAAGGGAACCACAUCAAAUGCUUCUAGCAAUUUCCCAUUAAAUUGAAAAUCAUUAGGGACUUGAGAUCUCAAUGGAUAAAGAAUUUCUCUUAGCAUCAACUGUAGUGUUUUUAUGUUUUUCUCCUCAAUUUGCUGUUCCUGAAGUAACAGCAAUUACAUUUGAAACUUCCCUAGCCCUUAAAAUAUUAUCUAAUAGCUUUGUCUAUUCAAUAUCUUUAUUAUCAACUAAGUAACGGGAUGACAGAAAACCUAUCACAACAACUAACAAACAUAAGUUGGAUGCAGUGUGUGUUAUUGAAUUUUACUGCUUUCUUAAUUACUCUUCUACUAUUCGCCAGCGAAAACAGGCAUUUCAAUAUUUUAACAACCAGCCCAUCCAUACUAGUGCAUACUAACGAAAUUUUAGCCUUGCUUGGAAAAACCUGGUUAAGAAUUAUCUGAGCCUAGAACUGAACUCUUCUUAGGCAAACACCAAGUCCUUUUUGGAUGGUUUUCAUAGGUUCUGAAUUUUCCAGGAAGUGCAACUGCCACGUAAGAUGAGGGAAGCUUGUAUCGUGUUUUUUUCGGAAACUUGGCCAAGGAUUGUCAACAAAUAUCAGAAAACCGCGUUCCACCUGGUUCUAGGUAACUUGACACCUACAGCAAAUGUUUACAGGGGAGCCUAGCAAGCAUUCGGAGCUGCUUAGGUCACAAGUGUAAAUGUUUGGCUCCCUCCUCGGGUUCUGGGGAGGUGGCCCCGCACAUUUGCAUACUGAAAUGCGUAUUUUAAAUGCCUAUCCUUUUAUUUCUCUUUUUUCUUACAGUUUAGGCAAUGGGAUCAUUGUGUGUGUGUGUAUUUGCUUUUAUUUUAAUUUAUUUUAAUUUUUUAUUGAAGUAUCGUUGAUUUACAAUAUUGUGUUAAUUACUGCUGUACAGCAGAGUGAUUCAGUUAUACAUAUAUGUACAUUUUUUAAAUAUAGUCUUUUCUAUUAUAGUUUAUUAUAGGAUAUUGAAUCUAGUUCUCUGUGCUGUACAGUAGGACCUUGUUGUUUAUUGGAAUCAUUUUUAAUAUUACAUGCCCGUGGGUUAUAUCAUCUGUGAACUUCAUUUCAGGAGAGCCAACAGGACUUUCCCAGA